ACAGGUGAAGAGGGUGCAAUCGACUGGAGUGGGAGGGUCGGCCGACCUGAUUUUGGGCCGAAAUAGAGAGGAGAGCCCCUCCAGGAGCAGAGUGAGUGCGGGGGCAGCAGGAGGCCACCUCGAGGCUAAAUUAGGACUGAGUUAGUGAAGCUGGAGCCGGCACAGCGCAGGAGGCAAGCCUGACUCUUACCUUCGCUCGGCUCUCAGCGCCUGCUCAAAUUCGCUAACACUGAAGCCAGCAUUUUCGGUCCGUGCCGCAAACUCCGUUUCUACACCACGGAUCACACACCCUUUCUGGCCACUAUCACAGCUGGAGCAGACUGUUCUUAUCUGGUAUAGCCAUCAAUUUUUGGGUCCCCGCCCCCAAAUUCUGUCCACUAGUCGCCAACUCCAACCUUCUCCCUGGCAACAUUCUGCGAUUAAACUAGUUUAUUUACAACGUUCGUAUCACGUAUGAUCCCAAGCGUAACCCCAAAACUCCUCAACUGUGACUGAACAAAAUAAUAUGGAGACGUACGAGAAUGUUAUGACAAUAGGAAGGGGUGCAAGUGCAGAGGUCCUCUUAAUGAAUAAUAUGGAAACAAAAAAGUUGUAUGCUGUCAAAAGAAUAAAGAUUGAUUCCUCACUUAAGACUAGAACCAAAGAAGCUGUAAUGCAGGAAGCAACCAUUUUGACCAGACUCAAGCACCCUCACAUUGUCACUUGUCAUGAGUACUUCAUUGACCAAGAAGAAUAUGUCUUCAUUGUGCAAGAUUAUUGUGAUGGUGGUACUUUGGAUGACUUAAUCCAGUCUCAAAAAGAGAAGGGGUCCUUUGCUGAGGAGGAUAUUAUUCGGUGGCUGGUUCAGAUAGUUAUGGCCAUUCAGUACAUUCACUCCCUGAAGAUUCUUCAUCGAGAUAUUAAAACAUCCAAUGUCUUUCUUACAAAAAAAGGCACGGUUAAACUUGGGGAUUUUGGAAUUUCGAAAGUGAUGACACACACUUUGGAUAUGGCAAAUACCUGUGUUGGCACACCAUGCUAUUUGAGCCCUGAACUCUGUCAAGAUAUUCCCUAUAGUUCCAAGUCUGAUAUCUGGGCACUUGGUUGCCUUUUAUUUGAACUUUGUGCUUUGGAACCUGCCUUUCAUGCAAGGAACCUCUUAAGCUUGUUUUAUAAAAUUGUAAGGGGAGAAUAUGCCUGUGUACCCAAGAGCUACUCAGAAAACCUGCAAGAUUUGAUCAAAAACAUUCUCAACAAGUGCCCUGAAGAAAGGCCUAGUGCCAGCACUAUCCUCAAAAUACCUUAUGUCCAAGAACACCUCAAGCUCUUCAUCAGAGAUCAGGAAUCCCAGCUCACAAGAUAUCAUUCUGUAAAACAUCUGCACUUGGCUAAGAAAGAGAGUGAUGAGAUCACUGAUGACCUACAGGAAUCUCUGGAUCAUCGUGAAGAGGGCAUGUGUGUUGGGAACACCAAAGCGGUCUCAACUUCACAUCGUCUUAGUGAUAAAAACUUAGAAGAGAUGGCCUCAGAGGUGUGCGAAAACAUGGGGCCCAGUGAUGAAGGAGAUAAAUGUAAUUACUCUGAUGACUUUGAUCUGGAUAGUUUGUCCUCAGUAGAGGAGCAUGCAGAGGACGAUGAAAUAUCAGUACCACCUUCAAGUGUUGAAACCUGUGAAGAGACAGAAGCCACUGAAGAGGUGGACUUUACAGAGUACCCCGAUGAUUUUGAGGAAUGGGAGGACGAUGUUGCAGAGAUAGUAUGUAAUGCUCGUUCAGCCAUGGAAGUUGAGGCAAAUAAUGAAGUAUUUCGAGAAGAAAGAGACGAUCAAAAAGAAGCUGCUGUCAAUCUGUCCAGCACCAUUAAGACUCUGCGAGAGAAGUGUAUAGAUGAUAUUGGUCAGAUGCUUUUCCAUGAAGUUACUUCUCAGUUUCUCAAGGGUUUGACCCCUGAAGACCUCCAACCUCACUUCGAGCAUCGGUUGGGAUCUGACCACUUAGAGACUUGUUACAUUAUCUUCAACAUGGAUCAAGAAAAUGCGUGACCCAGUGUGCAACUGCAAAGCAUGAACUGAACCUUGGUUGUCUUUUGUUUUCAAAAAAACAACAGCACUACUCGAAUUGAUUCCUGCAAGUAGAACUGAUUGAUGAGGACCUCACUGUACAUAUUGUUAAGCCUCUGGUUGCCUGCUGCAGUCUUUUGCUUUUUAUGCAGUAGUAAGCAGCAGUACAAUAUCCCUAUCUUUUGAGCAGGGAUGUAAUGGGCUUCCCUAUUAUUUUGUAGUUAGUUGGUUGCCAGGUGGCUGAUAUGUUGCGUUCCAAAUUUAAGGGAAGCACUACAUUUUAUAUUUUCUGUAGUUCUCUUGAUAGUUCCCAUUAUUUCUCUAAAUUUUAUUUGGUAUUAUUUUCCUUCACUUCUGUAUAUGGUUCUCCUAAAUAUUGACUGUUGACAUCUGCCUCAACUUUCGCCUAUAGUUCUAUGAAGCUGGCAUGUUAGGAAGUCCACAGGUGUUUCACCAAUUUUAUUUUUCCUUCGCUGCCUGGGAAAGCUGCACACUGGUGGCUCAGUUUUGACUGCAAUCUUACUCUGCAGGUCCUCCAGGACUGUGGGGACAUGACACUGGACUUAUUUGAAAAAAGAAGUAGGUAUUAUAAUGAAAAAAAAGUUAGAAUUAGUGUUCUGGAAGGAUGAGAUCAAAUGGACUGAAGACUUUCUAAUCUAUUUUGUGAAGGAAAGUGCAGAUGGGAUCAUAUUUUUCAUGUAACUUUUUUUAUAAAAAAAAUAUACAUUUACCAGAUAUUUCUACAAACUUUUUAUAAAAGCAUCGAGUCAUUUUAGUAUGACCCCUUCCCUGCUAGGGUGUUUAAUUUUCCUAAGCAUCCCAAUUUAGAAGAGCCUGAUGGCAGCUUUGGAGCCACAUAUUCCUAUGAAAUCUUGAUACAGACUGGGAAACUUGGAUUCUCAGCUGGUAAUGUGUGUGUCCUAUGGUUGGGGAAAGGGUGGACUUGUACUACAGGCCAGUUUGAACUUGCACUCUAUAAUUGGCCAUGUAGACUUGAACUUCUUUGUGCAGGUUUUUUUAAAAAAAGAUCAAAUAUAUGUAUAGUAAGAGUAUUUUAAAAAUUGUACAAUACUUCAAAUAAAAAGGUGAAAUACUU